AUGAACAACAUCUUGAUGAGGUUGUUUCCACAGCUUCCCAGGCAUCAGCAGGUGGCAGUUGCCGUGCCGCUCGGCUUGUCGAGCGGGCCAGCCCCUCCACCCAAGGAUCCUGGCCAAAGUUCCAUAUCACAUGUCGGGCCCAAAGCAAAGUCUCUUGGGAAGUCCUGGAAAGCCAAGAUGUCUGACAACAGGCUUGCCACGCUUGUAAAGUGGGAAAGGAUUGUGGAAGCUCACUCCGAGCACUUUGGCUUUGUGGCCGAAGCCCGCCGUGAGCCUGAGCUGGCUUCGUACUCCUUGCAUGAUGUCUUGAGCGACAUUUUCUCGGUGAAAGCCAGCAGCACUUUGCAUACUCGUUCAGGCCCCCUGCUUCGAUUCCUUAAGUUCUGUCACGAUGAGAGGCAGGCACCAUUUCCUCUUCGUGAGAGCCUGAUUUACUUCUUCCUCAAGCAGUAUGGUUCUAAGCAGGCCCCUACGUUUGCUAGCAGCUUUCUGGGGUCUCUGGCGUUUUGCUACCAUUUGUUAGGCCUGAGGUGUCAAGAUGAGGUUUUCUCCACCAGGGUGACCGGGGCGGCCCGAGGCCUUUUCCUUGAAAAGAGAAAGCUUGUGCAGAAGCCACCGCUUCUGGUUGCAUUCGUUCUUGCCUUGGAAAAUAUUGUUCUCGGUCAGGGCGAAUUUAGCUGGGCGGACAGGUACGCUGCCGGAUGCUGCCUUUUUGCGAUCUAUGCCCGUGCCAGGUUUAGUGAUAUGCAGUCUUGUGGAAACAUCUUUGAGGAUAUUGCCUACAUUGACGGCAAGCCUCACGGAUUCUUGCAAGCCGAUGUCACCAGGACGAAAACUGCAUACACUUUGGAGAGAAAAACAAAGUUCUUAGCAAUGUGCACUCCGAUCUGGGGCUUGGCUGAGAAGCCAUGGGCAAUCGCUUGGAGAGCUAUUGCUAAGGACCACGGCCCUCCCUGCGGGGAGGACUUGCCUCUGUUGCCCUCUCCCGUGGAGGGUGGGGGAUGGCAGGAAUCUCCUGUCGGCGUUGAGGUUGGGGCCCGCUGGCUCCGCAGCCUCCUGCAUCGCAUGGGACUUGAGCCUGCUGCUGCGGUUAGGCUUUUAGGGACCCAUUCGAUGAAGGCUACGGUUUUAAGCUGGGCCGCAAAGUGGGGCAUGACCAAGGAAUUGCGUAUGAUCUUGGGGUACCACAGCUCCUCUAGAUCCGACAGUGAUGUGGUUUACGGCCGAGACAACGUAGCCCCAGCGCUGCGAGAGCUGGUUUCCAUGCUUCAGUCCAUUGCCCAAGGUACUUUCAGACCGGAUGCCACUCGAAGCGGCAUGUUCGUAUCGAUUCCAGUUCCUGCGGAGUCCGGUGAUGGAGAUGACAUAUCUCUCUCUUCUGAAGGCAGCGAAGACGAGGAGAACAAGGACCCCACCGUGGAGGACGAGGCCGUCGAUUCAGUUGUUGGCCUUUGGGAGCCCUCGGAAGGGGUCCGUGAGAAUCCUGAGAAGGCGCCAACUGGCGGAGGCGGCAACAUGGUCAAGGCUGCUGUGGGUUCACUUCGGCAACUUGCUUUCAUAUCCAGCUUUACUCCGGGUCAAGCGGAUGAGGCCCCACUUAUGGCUGCUCUGAAGUCGAUGCUGAGCCGAGAUGCUGAGUUGGCUGUUCAAGCUAGUUUCAGGGCAUUAUACCACGAGGCUUAUGCUAUCGUUACUUCGGAGAUGCGUCAAAAGAUCGAGAAGAGUGAAGAGCCUACGGCAAGGAGGCUCACCCAGCCCGAGCGUGCCGAGAGGCAUGAGAAGCAAGUCGCGAAGCUCGUGGGCGUGCUUAUCAAGGGCCCUUCGGAGCCCAGCGAGGCACUCGUCGAUAAGGCCGUGUCAGCUUAUGAGCAAAAUGAGCUGAGGUACAUUUCUUGGGAAUCUUGCACCUCCCGGGAACAAGAGGUUGCAUCGGAAUGCAAGAAGGAUACUCGCUUUACGAUCGAUGAGCACUCAGGGAAGCUCAAAGUUGAGAACAAAGAUGCUGAGGACAAGGCCUCCACUGCGUCGGAGGUCCAUGUGCUUCAGGCUUUGCAGAGGCGAUCACUUGCCCUGGAUCAGGCCAAUCUUGUUGAGUACACCCUGAUGCAGCAAUGGUCGGACCGCCUGUUGCGAGCCAGGAUGGACGAUCCGCCGCCCCAGUACAGCCGUCUUGUGGCUGCAGACAAGAAGCUCUUCAGUGAGUUGAGAGACCUGACGAGAGACGGAGUUCAGUCAUCAAGUGGAGGGGAGCGCCCCGCUCCCUACACUCCCAAGGGUCCUAGAAAGGGCGCUGGGAAAGGCAAAGAGGGCAAGGGAAAGGGAAAUGAUUCGGAUGCCCAAGCCAGCCAGAGCUCGGGACCGGAACACUUCCUCGGCGGAUCAUCUUUCGAGGCGGAUGCGCAUGGGUGCCUGAGCUUUUUCGACAGCCUCCCAAACGAGUCAGUUUGGACCAAAGCCCAAUCUCAUCGAGACCAGGAGGUGAAAGUUCUGACUUCGUUGAUUCGAGCCGUCGACCCAACGAUGCUGUUUUCCAGUUUGGUCGUCACCGAGGAUUCUCGUGUUGGCGUCCACAAAGAUGCUCAGAACGUCUGCAUCCAGAACUUGAUCAUCCCGAUGACUCGUUUUGGGGGAGGCGAACUGCUUCUAGAGGAUCCCACGGGAUCCUUGGUUCAGAGGGGUGAGAUUUCUUUCAGGGCUCGCGCCGUGUCCUUGGAUCAGGGCUCGGACCGCCUUGCAACAAAAGAUUCCCAGUUGCUUCGCAAGCUGGGGUUCGCAUUGCCGAAUCAGGGGCCUAUCCACGUGACCCCGCUGGACCUUUCUCGCCCCCUGUCUUGGCAAUACGUGAAGAGGCUUGUACAAGCUGGGGAUGUGUUCGUGGUACAUCUCUCUCCGCCGGCUCGCGGUUCGCUUGCCGAUGCAGUGGCUCCGCUCGUCGACUUCUGCUGCUGGCUCCGUUCCGAAUUUCCUUCUGUGCACUUCUCCGUUGUGUGCCCCGCCUCCGCGGCCCCUUGGAAACAGUCUGGCUUGCUGGAUCUUCAGCGGUCUUGCAUUCAGGUCUCCUUUUAUGCGGCCGGCUGUGGUCCCGGGCCACAUGAAAGCUUUCUCUUGAUGUCUUCGUUGCCCAAACUUCGGGUUUUUGAAACUCCGGCCGAUGCCUCCACGAUCCCCUCCGGCAGUCAGGUUCGCGCGGCUGCCGCCGCGCCAUCGUUCGUGCACACGAACCACUUUUGUGAAAGGUUUGCAUCUGCCGUCGCCCUGGCCGCCGGUCAACUUGACACUGUGCCGACACAAGCCCUUGUUACCAAUGCUUCGGCCCGUACCGCCAAUCAGCUCCAGCCGCGUGUUUCAAAGGCCGUCGUGCUAGUCGAGGAAUACCACUAUCAAGUUACCGUGCCCGCACCUUCGAGUGCCCUGCCCUCUCUUGUUUCUUCUCAGCUGUCUGACAUGGGAAUCGGAAAAUUGGUUUCCAUCACGUGUGGAGUCUACCGAAGCCCUCUUCAGUUUGCUGAGCGAGCUUUGAAUGUUGGCCAUCCUUGUGACAUGUGCAGGGCGCUACCCGAUCAAGCUAUGACCGUCCUGGGCCAUCUGCUCAUCGAGGGUCCUGUCAAGGUCCUCAGACGAAGGCUGGAUAUGAUAACCCAGUGGAAAGCUUGGGCAGCCGAACUAGAACCGGCCGAGGCUGAACUACACAAAUCUUUAGCCCCUUCCGUUGCCGAAGUGGUCAAAGGAAAGCGCCUGCUCCUCCUUGAUCGCAUAGCCAAGUCCCUGCAAUGGCCUGACACCCGCUUGCAUCAGGAUAUGACCAGUGGUUUCAAGAUCGUGGGCGAGGAGUACCCGAGCGGAAUUUUCCCCCUUGAGCCUCGACCGGCGACCCUCACGCCUGAGGAGUUGCUGGCUCAGUCUCGAUCAACCAAGCCCUUGAUCUGGGAACAGAUCAACGACGCUCCACUGGAUGCGAACUCUCGUGAGCUUUUUGAAAUCACUGAGGCUGAAUACCGCGAGAAGGGAUGGCUUGAACAACCACGCACUUGGGAAGAGCUUGAGCUUUUGUUCGGGGAUUGGCUCCCGGCCAAAAGGUUUGGUGUACGCCAACGCGACAAGCUGCGCCCCAUUGACGACUUAGCCGCUAACGGUGCAAACAGUGCAUUUGCCGCUUGUGACAAGCUCACCUUGCGUGCUUUCGAUGAGCUUGUUUGGUGUGCCACUUACAUCAUGCGAGUACUUGUGCAAAAAGGAGCCGUCCACCUUGUGCUCUCCUGUGGUCGGGUGAUCUCGGGACCUCUCCACGACUUCUGGAAAAUCAAGACCGAUCGUGCCCGCCCCUUGUUGAAAACUAUCGACUUGAAGGCGGCGUAUAAACAGCUACCGCUCCACCCGGAGCAUCGCAGGUUUUGUGUGGUCGCCUUGAAACACCCAGACAGCGGCCAAGUUCGGGGCUACGCGUCGAGAGUCCUGCCCUUCGGGGCCUCGGGGAGCGUGACAUGCUUUAACAGGGUUGCACGCUUGAUCCAACGGAUUCUUCAAGAAGCCUGGAUCUUAAACUGUAACUAUUUUGAUGAUUUUCCGGUGUUGGAGUUAUCCGCCCUGUCGGGGAGCGCCGACUCCACUGCCCAUUGCAUACUUGACCUACUCGGCUUCGAGUGCUCUACCGAGAAGGAAGAGCCGUUCAAGAGCAGUGCCGACGUCUUGGGAGUCACUGUAGACCUUUCUUGUGAAGACUUGUCCGAGGUGCGUGUGCGCAACCGGGAGGUAAAGUGCUGCGAGGUGGCGGCCUCCGUCGAUGAGGUUCUUGAGAGGGGCGCCAUUCGGUCUGCGGAAAUCGCUUCUCUCUUCGGGAGGAUUCAGUUUCUUGAAGGGCAGCUUCUGGGACGUAUGGGGCGACUGGCUUUGUCUGAGCUUCGCUCCCUUGGGACUUCCGGGGGUAUCCUCAAGCUCGGCGGCUCAGAACGUCAUGCCUUCCAGAAUCUUCGUGAGCGUUUGCUUCAUGGACCGCCUCGGGCGAUCUCCGCUCGCCCACCUGGGGCUAAUGUUAUUGUGUUUACAGACGGCGCCUGCGAGCCGGAGGGUGAUAGCAUGCUGUGCUCCAUCGGUGGGGUGCUGUAUGUUGAGAGCUCCGGCAAGUGGGCCACUCGACACUUUGGCUGCCGACUGCCCGAUUCGCUUGUCAAGACUUGGAGUGCUUCUGGGAAGAAACACUUGAUAGGGCCCGUUGAGUUGUACGCAGUGGCGACAGCAAGACUGUUGUGGCGAGAGUAUCUCGAUUUCGCCAAAGGCAUUUUCUUCAUCGACCACGCCGGUGUGCACGCCGCGUGUGUCAAUGGAUCGUCACACGAUCGCCUCUGGCGGCUCAUCCUUUUGAAGCUUGAGGAAGCGGAUGCCAAACCUAUGAUCGCCUGGUAUGCCCGCGUUCCUAGCCAAAGCAAUCCUGCAGACCCUCCGUCUAGGGCUAGGGGGUCCAGCCUUUUCCCAGUGUGGGGCACAUGCUCGAGGGAUCAUCCGAAGUGCUGCAUAUCCGGCGAGCUCUUGAGUUCGUUUGGUGAGACGGGAGAUUGUUGA